AUGCUGCACCUUAAAGUGCGGUCCCUGUUGGCAACGGCUUAUACCGCAGUAGUUGCUGCUGCCGUAUGCUCCUCCGACCUCCUGGUGGAUGACUUGUCCAAUUCCUUCUCAACAAACCGAAACAACCUCGGUUCUUGGACGUCAGACGAUGGUAGCAUGGCCAGCAUCUCGGCGUCCGGGGGCAUCCUUAGUUUCACCCCCAAGAGCGGAGCGUACUUUUACGAGACGCUUCCUUGCCAAGCGUUGCAGACCGACUCAUACACGCACGUACAGCUCGACAUCAAGGCACCCGUAUCGGGUGCGGCGUUUACAACUGAGCUCAGCUGGGCUUCGAGCUGUUCGGCAACGACUACUACGAAAACAGCUUUCCGGGUCACCAGCCUUACCGGCGGAUGGCAGACGCUCCGCAUUCCACUGAGCAGCUUUACCGGGGCGAACCUCAACGCGGCCCUAUCCGUUGUCAUUGGGUCCUUCUCGUCUACGCAGCAGUGGCAAUUGGAUAAGGUGCAAUUCGUCUGCGGCCAAACUACCACAACUUCUGCUGGCAUUACGUCUACCCAGGCUCCCACCAUUCCAGCAUCAUCCACCACGCCAUCCGCACCUCCGUCGUCAUGCUCACCGCUGCUGGUGGAUGACUGGGCGUCGCAGUCACGCCUUAGCUUCCUGGCAUACAACGCUCUCUUACUGCCGACGGGUGACGAUGGGACGAUGCAAUCUGUGGUCGUAGACAACCACCACGUGACGUUGACGCCAAAGUCCACCUCAUCGUACUUCUACUCCCAGGUAGGAUGUGUAGAUGCCACAAGGUACGGUGGCAUAUCGCUCUGGGUCAAGGCCCCGGCCGGGACGACGUUCAGAAUCGAGUUAUCUUCCAAGACGACGUGCGACGGCGCGGCGACGGCAUCGUCGACCCAGACGACAGCUCAACUGGGCUGGACAUUCGACGGAACCGAGAAGCUGUACAGCUUCUCCUGGUCAAAGUUCAGCGGGAUCAACCUGACCAAGCUGAGAUCCAUCGUCAUCUCAGCGCCCAACCAGCCGCUCAACUUGGGCCCCCUGGCAUUCUACUGCGGCAGCACCCCGAGUGGCUGGAUCGUGCCCUCAGCCUCAAGCCCGGCGGCGCCAACACAAACCGUGGAGGCACCAGCCGCUACGGCGUCGGCAUUCAUCGUCGAUGCUUUUGAUAGUCCGAGCACGAACUCGCUCGGGUUCUGGCACGGCGGCGAGGACCUCAGCCUCAGCUGGGGCCAAAACCGCCUCACCAUCGUUGCCUCGGCUUCUGACUACGCCUUCACAACGCUUAUGAGCAACGGCUGCCGAGACCUGCGCAGCCACAGCGGCUCGUACCUGCACAUCGCCUACUCGGGCCACACCAGGUUCUCCGUCUCGUUGCAGCAGCACAACUCUCAGUGCAACUCGGGAGUCGCGCCGUACCCCGAGACAAGGGACAGCCUCGAGGCAGGCCGGUACGCUACGGGGAACGACAUAUAUAUACCCAUCUCGCACUUUGACAUCAACCUACAGCGCGUCAGCAGCGUCGCCAUCAGAGGCAUGUACAGUUCCGAGCCCGUGAUCCUCAGCAAGAUUGAGAUGGUCCCCUCGAUCCCCUCUGGAGUGAGCAUACCUCGCAAGCUGCCUUCUGGCACCCUCGUAUUCUCCUGCACCCGGCCCAACUCGUUCGCGUUCGGUAUCGACGACGGCAACCCGAGGUACGCGGCCCGGCUGGCGGAGAUGAUCCGCGAGGCGGGCAUCAAGGUGACCUUCUUCGCCGUCGGCGCGGUGCUCGAGAACAACGCCACGGGCAUGGCGGACCUCUACCGGCAGCUGCGGAGCGAGGGCCACCAGAUCGCGCUGCACUCGUACACGCACCCGCGGAUGGAGGGGCUCGCGAGCACCGCGAGCAUCGACUGGGAGUACAACGAGGACUACCGGGUGAUGACGGGCAUCUUUGGCGAGAAGUCCAACUACUUCCGGCCACCCUACGGCGUCGAGGGCGCGCGCAUGCGGCAGCGCUGGGCGGCCGCCUCGGGGGCGGCCAAGGCGUACCUGAUCAACUGGAGCGUCGACGUCCAGGACUGGCUGUGGGCCGAGACGAGCACGCCGGAGAAGCAAGUCGACGCCUUCAAGGCCGACGUCGCCAAGGGGGGCAACCUCGUCGUCAUGCACUUUUCCUACAACUCGACGGUCAACUACUUCCCCGAGUUCAUCAGGCAGGCCAAGGCGACCGGCAAGCAAAUCAUGCGAAUCGACCAGUGCAUGGAGGACCCGAACGCGCCGCCGCUUUGA